AUGGCCGGCUAUCCCUUUUUCAUUAUCAAAGACCGUGCCGGGAACAUCAAUGCAUCCCUCAACGUCUGCCGCCACAGAGCAUUUCCGAUUGUUCACGAGAAUGAGGGAAAGGCAUUCGUACUGUCUUGCAAGUACCAUGGUUGGUCUUACAGCAUGAACGGCAACUUGGCCAAGGCACCUCGAUUCGACCAGGUGGAAGACUUUGACAAGAGCGAGUAUGAGCUCUACAAAGUUCAUAGCCAUAUCGAUAGCCUAGGACUCUUCUGGGUCAAUUUGGAUGCAGCUGAAAAGCCGACGCUGAGCUGGGAAGAACAGUUCGGCGGGGUCGAUAAGCAGCCCCGGUUACAGAACUUUGACAUGAGCAACUACGAGUACGACCACACCUGGUCUAUGGAAGGGAAGUUCAACUGGAAAACACUGAUUGAGAAUUACAAUGAGGUUCCGCACCCUGGCCUCGCACCGUUCUUCAAGGGCAACAAGCAGAUGAACUAUGGUCUCAAUAAGCCUGUAUUUUUCUACAUGAUGUCAAUCGUACCAACAUCUGCCACCACAAGCUUGAUGCGGUACGAAGUCUACAGGUCAAAGACAGCAACGCCCGAGGAGUUGAAAGAAAAGUUGGACUUCUUCAGUCAAGUUGAGUCUGAAGACAAGUGGCUGGCCAACGGCUCGCAGUCCAAUCUCAAUAGCGAUACAUACACGACUGGACCAUUUCACCCUGACGUAGAGGAAGCGGUUGUUUACGUUAUUGGAAAGGUCAAGGGGCUUCUGCAUGAUCAUGUGGCCGAGGAGAGGAAGCGUGGUUCAGAAUGGUGGCCAGCUCGGAGGAGUCCUGUGCAGGCAACGAGGUCCUCCGCUGAAGAGGAUGAGGCGUUCUGCCGGGGCGUAUGUUCGAAGUCGAGUGUCAACGACAAAGCUAUGCCCGAAGGUCUGGCAUGGUAG